AUGGAUUCAGAUGUAGUGGGUAUUUCUUGUUGUCUUCUUUCCGCAACACUUUUCGGUAGUAUGUUUGUUCCCAUCAGAGGGCUCGAUAUAGGAAAUGGUCUCUUCGUUCAAUGGGUUAUGUCUGUUUCUAUACUAUUGUUUGGCUUUCUUGUUUUUGCUAUUGAUGGGUUUGAUAAGUUCUACCCUCUAGCAAUGCUUGGAGGGUUUUUCUGGGCUAUCGGCAACAGUACGGCUGUUCCAAUAAUUCAAAGAGUAGGGAUGGCUUUGGGAAUCUUGAUUUGGAAUACAACGAAUUGUCUCGCAGGAUGGGCUGCUGGCAGAUUUGGGUUUUUCGGAAUGAAGCAGCAUAUUCCUGAAAAUAUCUCUGUAAAUUACCUAGGGUUGAGUUUAGUAGUUUUAGGCGGAUUCACUUUCACGUUCGUGAAUAGUACAGCAACAGUGUCGACACCCCAGGAUGAUGUAGAGAUGAUAGACCCUAACAAAAGGGGCAACUCUCCAGAGAUCAUCCAUCAGGAAGAAUCUUUAUUAAGAAAAAAUGAUCAUGAGCUGAAGAAACCCGACAAAACUCAGCGUAUACUUGCUAUACUGUUGGCUGUUUGCGCCGGUUUUUUCUAUGGAAUCACAUUUUUGCCAGUUAAUUUCAUGAUCGAGAGAACAGAUAUUUACCCAACAGCACCAAGAAAUGGAAUACACUACAUUUUUUCUCAUUACUCAGGAAUAUUCAUCACUUCUUGCUUCUUGAUGAUUAUUUAUUCUAUUUGGAGCAAAAGUCAACCGUUCGUUUCUGGAUCGUUGAUUCUGCCAUCAACACUAACUGGCAUAAUGUGGGCUAUUGCUCAAUCGUCAUUCUUUCUGGCUAAUCAGUUGUUAUCGCAGACUAUAUCGUUCCCAAUUAUAACUAUGUUGCCUGGCUGCUUAGCAUCAAUGUGGAGUUUUUUUUUUUUCAAAGAAAUAAAAGGUAAAAAAAACAUUUUACUAACCCUUUUGGGAAUUAGUAUUACUAUGAUUGGAGUUGUUCUUGUAGCAAUAUCGAAAUAA